AAGGGAAUAAUGUCUAACGGCUUGGGUCUGAGUGUUAAUGCAUAGUAACGGCGCUUGGUUGUAGCUUGCUCAUGGAGUAAUUGUGAACAUUGCUAGACUGUAUGUCUUAAUUACACAUACCAUUUUCUUCUGUUCUGUCGUGUGCAUGCUUGUUUUUUAUGGAUUUCGACCGCGCGUUGGAGCGUAUGGGUGUGGUGCUUCUCGUCAUACAGAGCAGGAGCCACAUGGACUUGGUGUUGCCUGUCUUACGACACCGCCUCAGGUUCGUCACCACCGCCUCCCUGAUCGCCCCUCAAAACCUACACCGUCCCUGAAUAUUACCUACAAUCACACAUCCCCUAAACGUAUUCUACAGCUUCCGAUUUGGGAGGCUGGCUAGCCCAAGACGUCCUCCCAAAUCCUCCUCUCGAGAGGCGUCGCAGGGACAGCGCCCCCCAGGUCAAGGACACAGUCGAAAGUCGGCAACGCCCCAGGCGGGAGUAUGGCGGCUGUGGCAUUGGUCCUCGACUGCGGACGGCCCGUAAACUCUGGGCCUGGAGAUCUUGCCAAUGUGCAAAAGUUUCUGGGCAGCGACUACAGAGUUCCGCAGGUGGAUGACCGCCCCAGCUCGAUGCGGCUGCCGAACGAGACCAUCCAGCAGAUCUACCUCCUCCUCGCACCAGAUGAUUACAACGUCGCUCGACAUACGUGUCGGUCGUGGUUCGUUGCAAGUCUCGAUCGUAGGCUCCUUGUCUGCAUGUUGAAGAGGGGCGGUUGGUGGAGCAGUCUGCUUCAGCUCAUGACUCCCCUGAACAUAACACGACUCUUCAGCCUCAAUCAGGAGAGAAUAAUGAGCAAAUGGAUCUCAAGAGAGUGUGCCCUGGCAAAUCUGAAAAAGUCCGCAUUUAAAGAAGUCGGACACACGGCUUUUCAUGGGUUGGUGCCGGGAUCAACGGUUGGCGCUUUGCAUGGGGCCCUCGUCUUCACGGUCAGCCUCUGCGGACGGUUUCUUUUAGCGACGCACGGACGGACAGUCUAUGUCUACGAAUUGAACCAUGUUUGUUCCAGCCCACGGUCGACGUGGUCGGUUCCGUUACGGCCGAGAGAGAGCAAGGCCCUCGGGCUUCCUCGGCCUGUGGCUACGGUUAUCUGUCCACGACAAGUCAUCUCAUGUAGCAUGGAUACGUUAGCGGGCCGCCACGCUGUUGCAGUUCUAAUGGAAGGUCGAAUGGGGAUGGUAUGCAACAUCUUGGCCGAGAGGGUUGGGAAAUCGAAAUCGACAUCAGCCAACACGUCCAAUGAAGGUUCCGGCCUGAAUACGCCCAAUUCGACCAGUCUCGCCUCCCCUGCGUGUGUUUGCCAGGUCAACCCUGUGUCUCGAGCGCCUCCUGUCGAGGAGGGUCCGCGAUCGGUUUACAGGAGAAUCUGUCACCCUGACGAUCCCCCUCGCUCCGUUGCACUCUGCCCUCAGCGAAAUUGCGUGGCCUUUGGAUAUGCUCUCACAAACCAGGACCUGAGCAGAUGGUUCCCCCUCGCAUCUCCGAGCGACUACCUAUACUUCCUCCCAGCACGAAGAGGGGUCGAUACCGGCAAAAAAUUACGGCUUAUCAGCUCUGCUGCAGCGCUUGGCGACGAUGUCGGACCAGUCGGGGAUAUCUUUCAUGGCUUUAAGACCAGUUUCGUUCGUUCUGGGAGCAACGGAGUUGUUUCGGUAAUGGGUGCAGGGACUGGGGGAACCGUCAUCCAUGAUAUUCAUUCCGUCAACGAUUUGCCAUCCCAGAGACCGUGCGUAAGACCACGCGAUCUACUUGAUCAACGCCUGCCGAGCGAUGGGCUCGUCCGCAGAGUCUCUGCCAGUAGUGCAGAUCACUACAGAGCUGUCCCUCUUAGUGACGGAUACCAUAUUCUAUUCACAGACCCCAAGACGGGAAACCUCUGUCUGGGGACGGAUGCUCCAUUCGGCUCUUUGAAUCGGUUAAUUCGCAAGGUGUGGUUUCGGCCACCAUCGGCCGCGUCGUCCCCGUUACCCUUGUUAUACACUGCUAGGGCAGACACACGGCAUGGGGUCCGCGUUGCGGCAACAUUCUCAGUCAGCAGUGGGGGUUCUAUGCGCGUUAAGUCAGAUGAGGUUACUUCCAGAAGAGCGGCCCCACAAAGCGGCGUCGACUCUGACGAACAGAUUGUUGUCUUUUACACGAUUCCGCCAGACAUGUUCCACGACAUUUCCCAGGGGAAUGUCGGCCCUUCCAGAAGGCCAAGCUGGAAUGAAGAGGCGGAAACGCUAUCGGAGUGGGUGAGCUGGAGGCCGGAGGAGAACUACCGCGAAAUCGACGUAUUCGGGAGCCCGUUCCAAGACAACGCAGCAGUCUAUCCACUUGAGAUCCAGGGCCAACCAGUCGCUAUCUGUAGCAACCUGGUGGAGCUGGCCCUCGACUCGGGUCCAAACAUGGUUAUCUGGGCCUUUAGCGCAGAAGGGUGGGCUCGGACAUGGGCCAUGCAUGUUGGGCGUGAAGAGGCGUUCUCUCGGGCGGCCGUCCAACAUGAUGGGAGUGUGAGGCACGUCGAUCCUGACGGUAACAUUGUCAUGGCGGAAGUGGAGAUGGUUGAUACGUCAGAAAGCACCGGGAUGGCCCUCCCCCUUCUUGACGGAGCGGAGUGUCGGACACGAUGGACGAAUCCCUCGGUGGAACGAUACCGGCGACUGAUGGCAGGCAGGAACGGCGAUCGAAUGAGUGGCACGGUAAGCGUGGAUCUGGUGGAGGAAGUGAGUGGCAUUACGAGGAUGGAUGUGGAGUUGCGUUAGGGCUGGGAGGGCGAAAGGGGAGGGAGGGCGAUGGCGAGGACGUUGACGGGAAUAGACAAUUAAUUAUGAAUGCAUGCUUUGAUAACAACCAUAGCCCUAGUAUCCCGACUAAUAAUUAC